GCCACACUUGCCAUUCUCUGCACAGCGUCACCACAGACCCGCCAACCCCCCGCCGUCAACAUGUCCAGCGAUCUCCAGUGGUACCUUAUCCGCAACUACAACUCCUACCUCGUGAAGAAGGUCCCCGAGGGCCCCAUCUUCUCCCGGGAGCCCGGCAACCUCCGCAACCUCCACUCGUACAAAUACUCUGGUCUUGCCAACAAGAAGGCCAUCGACAUCUCGGACUCCGGCAAUGGCAUCAAGAUCACGACCAAGAAGACCAAGUCCUCGCCACAGGCUGUCCGCGGUUCACUGACCUCGACCACCAUCCGUAACCGCUCUGGCGGACGCCGUGCUCUGGGUGCUGCUGCCCAGCUCACCAAGCGGGGAUACCGUGGCGACCUCCGUGCUGCUGCUCUCGGCCGCACCUCCGCUCUCGUCGAGGCUCAGAAGGAGAAGAAGAACCCACCACAAAAGAAGGUCCGCGGCAAGUACAGGGCUGGUGCCGCCGACAGCUCUGCAUGAUCUCUUCCUCGCUCUUUGCUCUCGCAUACACACACCCAUGCCACCAUCAUGACAAAAGCAGGCAGUCCAUGUUCUGUAUGUAUAUACAGUUCUUUAUACAUUCGUAGUCCGAUGAGGAGAUGCGUGUUAUAAGUGGUAAGUGGUGCAAAAUGGUACACUAAGUGAUACAAGGUUGCGCUGUGCAAACCGUUUGGUGGUACAAGUCAGGUUUUUGAUCUGCAGCUGACGUCCAAUUUAUCGUCUUCAACUCUUCGACACCAAGCUCAAGUUUCCCAGAUGCGUCAGACACUGAGGCCCUUGCCCGUAGGCUGGGCGAUCCUGCCAGCAGCGCCAAACAUGACCUUGGCACCAUUGGCAUCCUUAGUAGGUCUGGUAGCAUCGGCCUUGCGUUGGACGCUUUCCUUGAGUCUCUUGUCGUCGUGAGCCCCGUGAUGGUGCUUCUUCUCCUUCUUGGGAGCUUCAUCCUCGUUGUGGGGCGGCACGUGAGCGUGUUCCUCGCCGGGUGCGGCAGGUCGGGGGUAGUCGGUGGUAGGUUCUGCUUCAUCCGAUGCAGCAGCUGGCUGAGGAGGUGAUGCGGUGUGGGCCUUGGGCUUGGAGGAUAGGGAGAGCCGCCGCCCGCCGACUUUCAUGGCAGGUGGGUGCUGGGCAGACAAGGCUUCGGUCAUGGUGGUGUGUUGUGCGAUAUGGAUGGCCGGGCUCGUAGAAGAUGGGACUGAGACGAGAGAC